GCGGCAACUGAGCAAAAGGCUGCUGGGCACCCGGUCCGACAGGCGGAGGGGCAUCGGAAAUGGAUAGGUUUUCCAUUAUAAUAGCAUGGGCAGGAAGUGUCGUAUGAGCGAAGAAGCAAGGCGUGGGUAAAUCUGAAUCGUAAUGUCGGGCUCAAGGGUCCAUGGAGACGUGGUUUUGUUUUGUUAUGGGUGUUUUCUCUCUUCCUUCGCCUAUAAAAACAUGGCCAACAUGGAAUUUUGGAAGCGCGACGAAGCUUGUAUGGAGCAAACGCAAUUGGGAGUCCAGCCGAGAGACGGAGUAGGUUGCGAUAGCCUGCGGCUGUGGCCCGGGAUGCGGCGUGCAGGGCUUAUCGAUAAACGGAUAUCACGUGUCAAGCCUUGGCUGUCAAGUACAGGUACGCAGCACAGGUACGUCAGAGAACCGUCGGUGGAAUGUAUUGGCAAAAAGGCCAAAAGGGUCUAAUGCACUAGGUAAUACCGGCUGCAGGUUUUAAGCUGAAGAACCUCAAUGAACCAAAGGAACGUACAAUGUUGCAGCAGUCGUAGAUGGCGGGGCAGUGGUGUUUAGAUUUGGGUGGUGGUAUAAACUGAGGGGCAGAAAUUGCUACCGAUAUUGCUGAGCUGGCUGAGAACCGAC